CUCUCUGGUUCCCGACCCGGAGCCCGGCGGGGGUUGGGGGAGAUUUUUCCUGCCCCCUUCCUUGGAGCGCGGAGGCCCCGCCCCCUCCCACCGUCCAGAUGUCUCCCAAGGCGGCUCUGAGGACCUCCCUGUGGCCGGGGGCCGAAGGGUCCAGAGAGAGAAGCCCGCCCUAGGGAGCCUUGGGGGCCCCCCAACCUCCUCUUGGGGCUUGGCCCCCGACGCUGCUGGGAAGGAAGGCCGGUGCCCCCACGAUUGGGGGCUGCCCUUCUCCAACCAGCUCCCUUUUCAGAGCUGCCCACAUCUGGAGCCCCCACCACAACCACAUCUGGAAGACCCCAGCCACCGUCCCUCUGCAGGUGUCAGUUGCACCCGGAGACCUCUGCCUUUGCAACCUCCUAGGAGUUGUGAGGGAUUCCUGCUGCCUUCCCCCAUCCCAAGGGCAUCUCUUACCCUUAGUCCCUGCAGAGUCAUCCCCCUGCCUCGGUGUCCAGGCUCAGCCAGAGAUCAGCUCAGCCCAGGCACAGGCACUCCAAGUCCUGGCUGCCACUCCUGAGACCCAAGGCCCCUCCCCCUGUCCUCCUGUGUCCUCACCUUGACCCCCUCCGUCAGACUCUGUCUUCCUCUGGGUGUCCCAUUCCCCACCCAGAGGCAGAGGAGGGGGGGGUGGCAGGGGCCAGGGACUGGGUGAGGGCCACCCAGGGCCAGGGUGGGCUGGGGGGCCGUUAAGAUGUGGAGCUCUGCCUGGCCGAGGGGGGCUCCGUGGUGGCAGACGCAGCGUGCGCCCGGCUGGGGGGAAUAUGGGCAGGCCUGCAGCGACGUGGUAAAGGAUGAACAUUCGGGGCGCCCCAGACCUCGGGCAGCCCAGUGACGACCCCAGCAGUGGUGGCCAGCGGGAGCGGAUCCGACAGCGCAUGAAGAUGGUCAUUGGGCAGCUUGAGGGCAUCCUGCAGGAACUCAAGGAGGUGGCCAAGGAGCUAAGGGAGGUGGUGAGCCAGAUUGAUAAGCUAACCUCAGACUUCGACUUUGAACUGGAGCCAGAUGACUGGACCACGGCCACUGUGAGCAGCACCUCCAGCAGCGACAAGGCGGGCGUGGGCGGCCCCUUCGACCUGGGGCACCUGGACUUCAUGACGGCGGACAUCCUUUCAGACAGCUGGGAGUUCUGCUCCUUCCUGGACGCAUCCACGCCCUCAGACUCCGUGGACGGCCCUGAGCUGACCCGGCCCGGGGCUGGCCCUGACUACCGGUUCAUGAAUGGCGGCACGCCCAUCCCCAAUGGGCCUCGGGUGGAGACCCCGGACUCCUCCAGCGAGGAGGCCUUCAGUGCUGGCCCUGCAAAGGGCCAGCUGCCCCAGCGGACCCCGGGCACGCGCGAGAGGGUGCGGUUCAGUGACAAAGUGCUCUACCAUGCUCUGUGCUGUGAUGACGAGGAAGGGGACGGCGAGGAGGUGGUGGCGGAGGAGGAGGUGGGCCUAUCCCCAGAGCCGCCCCGUCCAGAGGCCCAUGUGGGCCCCCUCAAGCCCUCUCCCGCUCCCUAUAAGCCAAGGCGCUCUCCAUUGACUGGCCGCCGCCCAGGCCCCACCUUGGCCCCCGAGCAGACCCGAAGGGUCACAAGGAACAGCAGCACCCAGACGGUGUCAGACAAGAGCACUCAGACGUUGCUGCCCUACACGGCUGCCAAACAGAAAGCCAAGGGGAAAAACUAGGGGCUGGGGAGGGGCCCGGGGGUGGUGGGUACAUAGAGCUAUAAAUAUAUAUAUAUAUAUACAUAUAUAUAUAUUUAAACAAAUGCAGUCAUAAUAAAAUUUUAAAA